CACGUCGCACAGGAAAAGGAUAUAAAGUGCCCUCCUUUUUCGUCGGCUCCCGCCCCCCUCUUCUUCCUCUUCUCCGAUUUAGUUGGCUCUCGAGAAAGCAAGGGAGUCAAUCCAUCCCAUCAUCCUCUCCAUCUGCAUCUGCAUUGCAUCACCCAAUCCAGGCGCUCGCCUCUCGCUCACGUAAGGGCUCCUACAUGUGGGCUGCGAGGCGGCCACAGUGACGACAUGGCCAAUCGGCACACGCCGUAUCCAAUCAUCACGGAUAUCAACUCUUGUCCUCCACACUCGGCCGCAAGCGCACCUGUGCAUGGCUCGCGUCCACCUUGGUCGCCCGUGCCAGCGAAUAUUAAUUCAAGGAAAAGACCCAGCGGUCCAGGAUCGAGGGGUGCAAGCCCUCCCGAUAAACGUGUGCGGUCUGCGUCCUACGACCAGAACUCUGGUGACAUCUCCUUCGGUCUCGUCACUCCGCCACCAUCGAGGAACAACUCCAUCGCAUCCCCCAGUGCCACUAUCGGAGAGAGCAUCAGUAAUGGGGGAAGUUGGCAGUAUAGUGGGGAUGCAAGCCCUCUACUUUGGACCACCUCGCCGACGGCCGUUCAUCACGAUGAGGUAAAACUGUCGAGUGACGAAAUUACCCUUCCGGUAUGCGACGCUCCCCUCGCCCCUCCAAUGGUCCCAACCGCCGUUCAGCAUGAAGAUUGUCAUUCUGGCACAAUCAUUUCGGUGCGUGCUACCAGGGACAAGAAACUGGCCCAGGCCGCGCAGGCUGCUGCCCAAGCUCACAGCAGGAAUAACUCUCGUCGUGACACUGCAUCCGUGAUAAUAUCGCCUGAUGAUCUUUCAGAGUUGAAGGAAGAGGUUGCAAAGCUAAAGGCUUGUGAGAAUAAUCUCACAUCUUCAGCUAUAGCUCCCAAGGACAUGCAGGAAUCCAAUGAUGACGUCAUGAGACCCAAAAGGAGCGACAGGACAUGCUCUCCUUCAAAUGCCACUUUCAAAGUCGUUCAGGAGUUGAGGGAUGAAGUUGCGAAGUUCAAAAGCAGUAACGAAACCGCUUCACCUUCAACUGUCUCUACCAAAGACUAUCAGGACUUAAAGGAUGAAGUCGCGAAGCUCAAAGCAAGCGAGAACAACCCUACACCUUCUGUCAUUAUGAAGGAUAUCCAGGAGUUGAAGGAUGAAAUUGCAAGGCUCAAAGCCAGCGAGACCAACCCUAACCCUCCGAUUAUCAGUCCCAAAGACAUAGAAGCGUUGAAAGAUGAGAUCACGCGCCUCAAAAGCAGCAAUGAUGGCUUGCAAAAUAAGUCCGACAAUGCACAACAGCAGCAGGUGACCAUGCGAGACGAGCUUGAGGAACUUGAGAGCCAGAUCAAAUGUAUUGCAUCUCACGACUACAAUACACGUGAUUACUUAGAGGAACUCGAAGGUGACUUAAGAAGACUCGAAGAUGACCUGCGUAAAGGCGUCUGGGCUUCCGAUGUGAUGGAUGAUGUUGAGCACGGUAUUGGCCUAAUCAAAGCGCAGCGACAAGAAACCGGGAAGACAUUAUUGGAGCGAAUCCAGCAGCUGGAAACAGCAUCAGCUAAUGCAAGCCAACAGCUUACGAUAUUGGAGGCUUUCAAGACCCAGGGAACUGCAGUUCAGCACACGCAGGCACAAAUAAUGACUAAGCUUGGAGUCCUUGAGCGGUCUGCUACUAACUUCGUAACAUUAUCUGACAAUCAUGGAAGCUGCAUGCGCAACAUCACCAGUAACAUCUCGCCACCCCAGGCUUGCUCCAUCGAACAUCAAGAUCACAUCGACGAGAUUAAGAAAAGGACUACAACACUUGAAGCUUGCAGCCUCAGCGAAGCUGGUAAAAGAAUGUCGGCACUUGAAUCCUCUAUCGUCGACCUCAAGAAAUUAGUUGAGGAGGCGGUGCAAAGGAUUCAGGCUCUUGAGAUCUCAAUGAUCGGUUCUGACAAUUCUUCCCAUACGACUGGGGAAAUCGUUUCAGCACUGGAGUUCACUCCCAGCAACACCACCGCCGAUAGGACUCUAAGUAGGAUAACUUUAGUUGAGAAUUCCAACGCGAGCAUCAGAAAAUCUCUCGACGACUUGUACACACAAAAACUCCACGUGGAUAAUUUCCCCACAGAGGCCGGCAAAAGACUCUCGUCACUUGAAGGUGACCGCAAAGCCACCGAGUCAUCCAUUUCUGAAUUGAAGGAAGAACAGACGUCACUUUCGCAAAUCGUCGCGCGAAUGGAGAUCUCGCUCGAACAAUCUCAGGUAGCAAACAAUGAUGCAAACGAGAGGUACAAAUCUGAAAUCACGGACAUGUUGGAACAGAGAACAGCAAUGGUCGCGGCCUUCCAAGACAACACUGAAAAGGCACUGGCAAAGGCUGAGCAUAUGCGUGCAUCUGACAAGGAAGAGUGCAUGAAAAAAAUCUCCUCCCUUGAAUCUUCUCAGGCCGCCUUAGUUCGCCUGAAAGAAUCUUUCGCGGAAGCUGAGCGCAAGUACACUGCCGACCAAAAUGUACGGAACAAGAAAUUCACCGCACUCGAGAUGUCUUCCGCCGCCAUGCGACAGACUAUUUCGGACUUAUCGCGUAAGAACCUAUCACCUGCGAAUCGGCAAGACAAAUCCAAAUCCCUUGAAGACAGAUCCGGGAGAGUGGAAGUCCAGGUCCAGCAGGCCAUCGCCAAGCCAACUCCGGCUUCAUCUAUGUCACACGCGGAUACCGAUCCCGAAGACCUACGCCACUCUGUUCACCGUCUAAGUGGCAAAGUCAAUGACUUAGACCAAGGAGUCCUUGCUCUGAAAGAGGCACAACAGCAUGAAAAUGCAGAUAUCAGGAGCCUACACGAGAACCACGAAGCGUUACGUCUAAGCAUAGAACGGGUGGAGAAUAAUCUUCAGAACGCUCAAAACUCGGCAAGAAAAGACGACAGCAUGUUGAGCAAAGCAACCAGUCAAUCGGCUCUGUGUGAGAAAACACAAGAGAAUGUUUUCGAAUGUGAAAAUGCGACCAGGAACUUGAAGCAAAAAUUAGAGGCAAUAGAUGGCCAGAUUGCCGAAAUGCAAGAGGGCGUCACAAAUGCCCGCGUUGCAGAGUCUUUACCGGUCGACGCCUACGAGAGAAUACAGAGGCUAGACCAGUCAGCCGAAGAUCCUUCUCGUCAAACCGCCACAAUUCAGCAGGUUCUAGCAGAGCAUAAGCAGAACAAUGACGAAGUUACUGCCCAGUUAACAUCCCUGCACAACAAGGUGACAGAAGCGAAUGCAAAGUCCGUUGAGGCGCUUGCAGUGAGCGAAAGGAGUUCGGACGCACUUGAAGUUCUUUUUACCACUCUUGCGAAUUUAGAAGCGCGAUACGAAAAUAUUACCACCGAUACGAUCUACCGGCAAAUGGUGGAUUGGAUUAUCGUGAACUACCCUAACGCCCCGGACUUUUUAAAUCAACUCAGAGAGGUUCAGGCCCAAAUGGCAGAACUAGGAGUCCGCUGCGUCAGUGAGGAACACCUCAGACAGCGAAUGGCACAUGCUGAGGAGUCAAUCAAAUUUCUUACAGCAAUCCCUUUUCAUCAAGUACAAGAGUACUGUGGGUCCCAGCCACGCCUGAUGGGCCAGAUCUACCAGCUUCAGAAGGCUAUCGAAGCUAUCAACGACAAACUACCCAGCGGCGCUCUACCCAUUCGAUGGAAUCUCGACUUGAGUCACUCUCCAUCCGAGGAAGAACGUCCAUGCGACGAGCCACAUCCAUCUGAGGAAGAACGUCCAGACGACCUACAUCCAUCCGAGGAAGAACGUCCAGACGAGCCACAUCCAUCCGUGGAAGAAUCAAAGGCAGCGUUUGUCAGUGGUUCAGACUGAUGUUGACCAGUAUCAUCCCAAGGCGCGAGAUCAUACAUCAUGUGUUGGCACACAAAAGCACUGGAUGAUAAGCUUCGACCAUGUUCACGUCGACGUGACCACUAUAUUUCCCUGUUUCAUAACUUAUGACGAAGCUUUUCACGGCAGUACAAAAUCUCCUUUUCUUCGCCUGUCUGUUUCAUUCUGGCGCUUCUCAAGAUACCCCAUCAUUAUUUUAGUUUCCGACUAUUCGGCAUUUUUAAUUCUCUCUCCUACAU